UUAGCAGUAAAUAAUAAUGCAUAUCGAUUAGUUUCAUAUAAAUUACAUAUAAAGUGUGUAAUAUAAACUACUUGCAUCAGUUCUGCUGGGUAGCUGGGCCUUUGACAAGUGCAUCGAUUUUUGCGAGAAUACUGUAACAGCAAUGGGUUUUCGAAAGAAGAACAAAAGUCCGCCGGUUUUGAGCCACGAGUUUGUGAUCCAGAAUCAUGCGGAUAUGGUUUCGUGUGUGGCCAUGAUAAUCCUGCUGGGGCUGAUGUUCGAGGUCACAGCAAAGUUUGCCAUAAUGUUCAUCACUGUCCAGUAUAACGUUACACAAACAUCAGAAGACAAGUCAGAACCUGUGAACUUUUAUCACUAUGGUCCCAAGGACAUUGCAACAGUCUUCUUCUAUAUGCUCAUUGCCAUAAUACUUCAUGCCUUGAUCCAGGAGUACAUCCUUGAUAAAAUCAAUCGCCGCCUGCACUUGUCCAAGACGAAGCACAGUAAGUUUAACGAGUCGGGCCAACUGGCUGUGUUCUACCUGCUCUCCUUCACCUGGGGCUGCAGCAUUCUUACUGCGGAGGAUUUUGUGACAAAUCCCAUGUUCCUGUGGGAAGGCUACCCUCAUAACCACAUGGCAUUUCAGGUGAAGUUCUUCUAUGUCUGUCAAAUGGCCUACUGGCUCCAUGCCCUUCCAGAGUUAUAUUUUCAGAAAGUCCGAAAGGAAGAUAUUCCUCGCCAGCUCUACUACAUUUGCCUUUACAUUUUCCACAUCACUGGUGCCUAUGUUCUCAAUCUCCACCGUCUGGGCCUACUGCUGCUCGUCCCUCACUACCUGGUGGAGCUGCUGUUCCACGCAUCGCGUCUCUUCUACUUCAGCAAUGAAAACAAACAGAAAGGGUUCACACUGUGGGCUCUCCUUUUUGUCUUCACCCGCCUCCUGACCCUAACGCUCUCUGUGUUGACGUUUGGGUUUGGGCUCUCCCGUACGGACAAGCAGGGAUUUUCUUUGGCCGAGGGAAACUUCAACGUGCUCACUGUUAGGAUGACUUGUCUGUCAGCCAUUUGUCUGACUCAGGCCUGGAUGAUGUGGAAGUUCAUCAACUUCCAGCUGAAGAAGUGGCGUGAACAGACGCAGCUCCAGGCCAGUAAGAAGAAGGCCGUCAGUCCAAAGAGCAGAGCAAGCAAGAAGGACUCCUCUCGGGGUGGUUCUGCCAAUGGAGUAAUGAAACCAGAAGACAAAACAUCACCACGGGCCCGAAAACCUAAAGCAUCGUAGAGGGAGGGUGUUCUGGAAGUCUGACUCUCUCUUUCUCUCUCUUAACUCCAGCUGUAGAAAAGAAAAAAGGCUCACUUAUUGUCUCAUGACAGAAUCACUGAAUUACACAGACACCUUAACUGAAACACAUCGGACUGAGUGAGCAUCUUUUCAUUGUAUUGUUUUGCCCAGGGGUGAAAUGUAGUUACCACCAGUAAUCAUCAGUGGAGUCUCUCACGUGCUCUCUCUCUCUCUCUCUCUCUCUCUCUCUCUCUCUCUCUCUCUCUCUCUCUCUCUCUCUCUCUCUCUCUCUCUCUCUCUCUCUCUCUCUCUCUCUCUCUCUCAGCAUCAUUCACUGUGUCUCUGAUGAAACACGCUGUGUGGAUAGAGGCUUUUUAAAGUGCCCUUUUUGUUAUUUUUUUAUUUAACUUGGCCCCCCUCACCACGCAGCUGUUUGAAGCGUAAAGUUCAGUUGGAGAAUGGGAGAGAGAGGAGCUCGUAAACUGAAGCGUUACAGGAGGGAUGGAACUUUCCUCAUUCUGUCAGGGCUUAUCUUCCUUUUUAAUGACCUCAGCUGUGUAACAUAGAAUGUUUUAUUUUUGUAAAGAAGGGCAAAAAUCAUCUCAUAAGUGAUGAUGUCCAUGAUUACAGAAGCACUCUGCUACACUUGGGCUUGUUCUUCACAACAGUGGUUUUAACAGAUGUUGCAGAUAUGAGCUCCCCUGCUGUCUUGGAGAACAUGCACAUAUCUAUGUGAAUAGGAAGGGUUAGACAAGUAUAGCGUUAAGAGUUAUUGUCCAUGUUGUCUUACUUGGACUGUGGUCUCCAAAAAUCAUGGUAGUGUUAAGGCAUACCAGACUCGUACAGAAUGAGAGCCCCCAUUCUGCAGAGGUCUUUGUGCUGUGAAUGACCAGGAAGAGGGGCUUCCUGUGGCCAAUAUCAGCCAUCACCUGUACUGUAACCUGGUUAUUUGGUACGUUAUAAGCCUGAGAAAUAUGUUUUCUUUUUUUUGUUUGUUUUUUUGCUGAGCCAUUUUGUUUUGUAUAGGUAUUACCAGUCUGGGACAGUGGUAGAAAAGCUUUUUGUUCAUGAAGUUAUUUUGUUUUGGCUUUUUUUUGGGGGGGGGAUUCUGGAAACUGUGGAUCUUAAGGUGUAAGGGGGAGUUCUGAAGCUUUGAAUCACUAAAAGCUGCAUAAGGAAUUGGUGUGUGUUGGGGGUCAGGGUUAGUCUAGCCUGCUCUACCUCCGGGCUUUCAGAGUGGGAGUUUGAGCUACAGUACUUUUGCCUUUUAGAUUAAAUGCCCCCGUUCUGCCAAGAUGGGCCCUCAGCAUGGCCUGACCUGCUUUGGAAGUGUGUGGGGUUGAUUCAGAUGAUACAAUCUUUAAUCCAAGUGUCCUUAUGGUAGCAUCAGCGUACGCUAUGGCUGGCUGAGUUCUUGAUCACACACUGUCUCUUCAUUUGAAAGGUUUUUGCUUUGUUCAGUGUGAAUGUCAUAGUGUGUAAUCUUUACUAAUGCCUUUUCUCUUCAGCGUGUAGUGCUGGUGCCGGAGACUGCACAUGCUAGGGUCAGGGUUAUCCUUAUCUCUACGGUUAGGCUUUAACUCUAGGUUAUGUGGUUAAAGGAAACUCUGUAAAGGCCGUGGAUGCCAGUUUUGUACCAAAUCAUUGUGUGUGUGAGAGGUGAGCGUCUGUGUGUGUAGUUUCCCCUUCGUUCUGUGCAGUUUUUCCUCUGCGUGUAAACACAUGCACUUCGGCCUGAUACUGUACAGGAAUUAAUGCCAAAUGGUGUGAAGCGGCACUCCUGCCAUCUCUCCCCGAUCACCUCACAUUGUUCACACAUCAAAUGCUAAAAUCUUAUUCAGAAAGCUAAGUUCAUCUAAAGCGUUUUGACGCUGCGUUGAUGUGGGCGCUUUACACAUGUGGGUCCCCAACCCCGAAAGUGCUUUUUUUCCUUCUUCCAUUUUAAAUAGCGUGUUUGGUGUACUACACAUGGAGAUCAGACAGUGGCUAUUGAAUGUUCAGAGUUCUGUUUCCUUGUCCAGAUUUUGUUUUGUUUUUUGCCAUUUUUCCUUUAAAAAAAUGUUAAUACUAUUAAUGGCAGGUUUGAGGUUGGGUUAGAUUAAAAAAUUUUUUUUAACGCAGACCAUGUUAAAAUGAGCUGUGUGUGUGUGUGUGAGAUGUUGACUCUUUCCCUUGUGUUGAGUAAUAGUAGCUUCACAUCUGUAUCUGUCACUGGUGGAUGAAAUAAAGGUUUCUGGGGGGGGUGGAAAUCUCCAAACAUAUUGUGACAUUUUUUUCAAACCCAAAAAUGAACCUGUUUUUUGCUGGUUAAAUCAGCGGCCCCGGUGAGAUGUGUCUGAGGGGCUACACACUUGAAUCUGUGUGAAUUAGCUUUGUCUGAUUCUUGGUGAUGGGACACAUUUGUUUUAUUAUAAUUGUAAAUUGGGCUCUCAGUACAACAAAAUGUGGUUGGCUGGUUGUUUGCUUAUUUGCAUGAUACUACAAUAUCCUGAAAGCAUAUUACAGACAUUUUGGUAUUUUCAAGUGAAGUGCUCCUUACCUUUUAGAGCAGGAUGGUCACUCUCCUCUUCCAGAUCAGGACAGAGAAGGGCCAUCCAUGGAUGUGACGUCUUCAUGAAACCAGUGUCCGGACAGACUGGCUAGUAAGCGUGUGUUAGAGUUGUGUUCCUCUUCAGUCUCAACAUGGCAACAGCAGUCAGAACGUUCUCUCCGUUUUAUUUAUGAUUUUACUCUCCACCUCUCGCAGUCUGAUGGCGAACACCAGUGUUUAUGUGAAUAUACUGGGACACUGAUUUCUUGUUAGAUUUUUAAACUAUUUUUAUAGAGUUGAAACAACUGUAGAAAGAUUAACGUUAUUUGGCACGCUAUUUUUUUAUGCUUCAUUUUAUGAGUUUUAUUUUUCUACUCUGCUAGAGAGCUUUCUGUCCUGGAGGGGCGUGUCCUGAGCGAGUUGGCAUCCCUAAUCAGUUGGGUAUGAGAGGGAGGGGCAUGGUUAGAUUGUCAGGAGGACUUUAGGGUGUGUUAUGGAACAGAAGUAAUGGAGAAAUCCUUCAGUAUCUACUGGCAGGUAAUAAAGCUUUUGUUGAUUUAACUUAAUGUGCAUUUAUGUUGUCGUCUGUUUUGUGGUCAUUAGUCAAAAAAGUCAAAAUCGGUGUAUUAUUUUAUUCCUGUCUGUUUUACCCCUCACCCUCUCUGCUCCUUAUGUUUUUAUUCCUCGAUUUGUUUGUUCAUCAUUAUUAUGCAACAGGUGCUAAAAUGUGAUUUUGGUGUGACUUAACAGGGUUAACCUUGACCCUGACCCUUAACCCUGGCCCUGGAUAUGUCAUGGUUUAAUUGUUGUAUAUGAGACUCUUUGCCUGUAGUUGUCAAACUUGCAGAAUACUUCAGUUUACCCGUAAGAAAUGUGCGUGUAUGUGGAACAUCUCAGAACAAAGAGCACUGAUCUGGGUUCAGUUGCUGUUCUCUAGGAUUAUAUUGAUUAGAGCGUGAAAGUGAAAAUAACUAACCCCAGGAUCAGAUGUCUGAAAGGUUUGAGCAAUGUUGAAACACAUGGAUAAAAUAGAUGCACCAAAGCUUUCUCAAGAUGUUACAAGUUGACAAACCUUAAAUUAUUUCACUCUGCUUUUGCAUAUGCACUGUUCUUUUUCAGAUGCUUGUCUACAUGUUGAAAUGUAUUGCUUUUAUAUAAAAAAAAGUUAUUAAUCUAUGUAUUUAUGCAAAUCUUUGUGAUUUGGUUGGUUUAUUUUUCGAUUAAACCUUUUGCUUAACUGUA